CAUUGUGUUUUAUUCGACACUCGCAUCAUGCCUGAACCAGCGAAGUCUGCUCCCAAGAAGGGCUCCAAGAAAGCGGUCACUAAGACCGCGGCUAAAGGAGGAAAGAAGCGCAGAAAGUCCAGGAAGGAGAGCUACGCUAUCUACGUGUACAAAGUGCUGAAGCAGGUCCAUCCUGACACCGGUAUCUCUUCGAAGGCGAUGGGGAUCAUGAACUCUUUCGUCAACGACAUCUUCGAGCGCAUCGCCGGUGAGUCGUCUCGUCUCGCUCACUACAACAAGCGCUCCACCAUCACCUCGAGAGAGAUUCAGACCGCCGUGCGUCUGCUGCUGCCCGGAGAGCUGGCCAAACACGCCGUGUCUGAGGGCACCAAGGCCGUCACCAAGUACACCAGCUCCAAGUGAAGCGUGAUCUGACUCCGACAACCCCAACGGCUCUUUUAAGAGCCACCCAUUUCAUCACAUAAAGAGAUUUGUGGUGUUGAAAAUUUGUCUACUUCAUUAUAACCAAGCAAAGAUAACUUGGGGUCUUCUGGG